UCCCACCGCGGAGCGACCUGCCACUUCCCCGCGUCACGGCUGCAGGUCACUUCGGUUCGGGCGCCGCCGCGCAGCCAGACCGCCAUGUCCGUCGGCGUCAGACUGCGCUGGUGCUCCGUCUUCACGAGCGGAUGGUUCGGGACAGUCGUGGCCCCGAGCUCGGCUGCACUUUCCCGGCGCCUCUACUGCAGCGUCACGCGCCGGGAGAAGCACGUUGAAGCGGACGGAGCCGCGCGCAGGAGGAAGCUUCCGGAUGACAACGUUCCCUUCUCGGCCUUCUUGACUGACAGCUUCGGCCGGAGACACAGUUAUCUGCGGAUCUCUCUGACGGAGAAGUGCAACCUUCGCUGUCAGUACUGCAUGCCGGAGGAGGGGGUGAGGCUGACGCCGCGGCCCCAGCUGCUGACCACUGCCGAGGUCCUGACCCUGGCUGGCCUCUUCGUCCGAGAAGGGGUGGAGAAGAUCCGUCUGACGGGAGGAGAGCCGCUGAUCCGCCCGGACGUGCUGGACAUCAUCGCGGAGCUGAGGAAGCUGGAGGGUCUGAAGACCAUCGCUGUGACCACCAACGGCAUGAACCUGGCCAGACUGCUGCCCCAGCUGCGGGAGGCCGGUCUGGACCUCAUCAACGUCAGUCUGGAUUCUCUGCUUCCUGCCAAGUUUGAGUUCAUCGUGCGGCGCAAAGGUGAGCGACGGCUCCCCCUGCUGGCCCUCCACACCUGCCCCACUCAGGUCCUUCUCUUCUGCCCAGGGUUCCACAAGGUGAUGGAGGGCAUCGACAAGGCCUUGGACAUGGGCUACAGGCCGCUCAAGGUCAACUGUGUGGUGAUGCGAGGCCUGAAUGAAGAUGAGCUGCUGGACUUUGUGGCCCUGACGGAGAAGAGGCCCUUGGAGGUCCGCUUCAUCGAGUACAUGCCUUUUGACGGCAACAGGUGGAACUUCAGGAAGAUGGUGAGCUACCAGGAGAUGCUGGACCACAUCCGGCAGCGGUGGCCCGACCUGCAGCCGCUGGUCCCGGCUCAGGCCGACACGGCCAAGACCUACCGGGUCCCGGGCUUCCAGGGGCAGGUGGGCUUCAUCACGUCCAUGUCGCAGCACUUCUGCGGCUCCUGCAGCCGCCUGCGCCUCACGGCGGACGGCAGCCUGAAGGUGUGUCUGUUCGGGGCCUCGGAGGUGUCUCUGAGGGACGCGCUGCGCUCCGGCGCCUCGGAGGAGCAGCUGCUGCAGGUGGUGGGCGCGGCGGUCGGCAGGAAGAAGAAGCAGCACGCCGGAAUGUUCAGCAUCUCUCAGAGCAGGAACCGACCCAUGGUCCUCAUUGGCUCCAGACCUCGAGCCCCCCGCCUGUCCCCGCCCCCUCCCCCCGCCAGCAGAAGGCGCCCUUCCGCCCCCACUGACCAAGAGUCAGCAUUAGGACUCAGCAAGAAGCUAAAGAUCCACCAACUCACCGACGCCUUAGGAAUCGCACCUACAACUAGAGUUUUGUCCACAAGUCCGGCACCAAGUCCCCUCCUCCACCUGGGGGGGUCAGGAAGGUGGUGCGUGCCACUGGGGAAUUCAGCUCGGCACGGCGCUCGACCGUACCAUGGGGAGUCAGGCGGAGGUGGCGGCUCCGGGUGUGAGCUCACGCACACGGACGCCCAGGGACGCGCCGCCAUGGUGGACGUCGGGGCGAAGCCGCCCACCCGGAGAGAAGCCACGGCCUCCGCCACGGUGGCGCUGGGCCCCACCGCCUUUCAGCGGCUGGCCGCCAACCAGCUGGCCAAGGGCGACGUGCUGAGCGUGGCCCAGCUGGCCGGCAUCAUGGCCUCCAAGCAGACCGCCGCGCUCAUCCCGCUGUGCCACCCGCUGCCGCUGGACCACGCCGCCGUCAGCUUCCAGCUGCAGCCGCAGCUCCACGCCGUGGUCGUCACGGCGACGUGUCGCACCACCGGCCCGACGGGCGUGGAGAUGGAGGCUCUGACGGCGGCCUCUGUGGCGGCGCUGACCGUCUAUGACAUGUGCAAGGCCGUGAGCCAUGACAUCACCAUCACGGACGUCAGGCUGCUCCGCAAAAGUGGCGGUAAACGGGACUUUGAUGGGAAUCAGAGCGGCGUCACUGCACCGCCGGUGAGGAGUGAUGAGGAGACCUGCCGGUGAAGGUGGGUCCGAGCCCAGACAGCCGCCUGCUGGUGCCCUGUGACCCCUCAGUGCUCGGUGCCAAUCCGCCCCUCGUGAUGCGUCCGCCGGCAGAUGGCGCGCCAACACCGCGCACGACCAGGAUGAGCGCGCGUAAGCCAUGUAUUUUUGUACGAGCAGCACCAGAGUCGAGCCAAUAAAGCUGGGGAUGCUGUCAAACCGCGGCUUAUGACUCUUUGUAGCAACACUGAGAUGACAAGAGUCAAGUCACCGAAUCCAUGAGAGCAAUCGAGCUCGUCUCAGGCACAACACCGCCCUCUAGUGUCCACACGGAGCCAUUACAAGGAGAAGAACGCACGCGCUGAUCAUGUCGUCAAACCCCGCGCUUCCUCGGCCCCUCCGUUCACGCGCGUCGCGUCCCGUCGAUUGUCUUCUUCUCCUGAAUUGUUACCGCAGCACCAAACACAGGGAAACACAAGCGCCGAACCCUUCGUUUUGGUCAUUCAUUUCUCAGUCAUUCAUCCAUUAAUUUACUGCCUUUUAAUAAACAGGGUUUGGUCCGGUUUUAGCCCAGAGGAUGUGAUUCAUUCAAAUAGAAAGCCCAAACAAACAGGGUUUGAGCUUGAUCUGGUGGGCAAAUCAAAGCCUCGUAUGUGAACAAAGGCAAGGACGAAGGAGCGCACUUUCAUGAGUCCUAUUUUUAAUAUAACAUUUUGUCGUAAUGCUGUGUGUACAUACAAAAUAUAGCAAUACUAAAUAAGGCAAAUAAAUAGAGGUACAAUUUACAGGAA